GCCCGCACAGUCUGGGACGGACACGCCAGCAGCGUCCAGGACAAGUUGUGGCCGUAUGGGGCAUGGAGAACAAAACGGAGCCGGUAUGAAGAGCCCAUAUUGCCUUGGAGGAGAGCCAGCUGUGUGAGGAGAUGCUGUCAAGAAGAGCUGAAAGCAUCGCCUCGAAGAGCUGCAAUGGAGCACAGUAACACCAUGGCCGCAAUCGGCAAUCUCUGCAGCACUCCAUUUCAACUGGAACACCAACAUUAGACUGUUGAGCAGUCCAUUAUCUAAAAUUAAUGUCAAGUGUAUUGCGGAGGCAGCCUCAAGCUGCACCGCCAGAACUAGGACAACCCAUGGAGGUGUGGCCUCAACGUUUCCAACGCUGCUGCCACUGGUAACGCCAGCCAAGUGAACAGCAAUGCCUUCAAAGGUCUCCUGCUUGUAUGUGCUGACAGUGGUGUGCUGGGCAAGCGCUCUGUGGUACCUGAGUGUGUCGCGCCCCUCCACCUCCUAUGUGGGCCAGCUGACCAUCCCUAUUCGCAAGACACCCAAGCUGCAGAAGAACACCACCUUCAGCAACAUCCGCACGCGCUCGCUCAACCCGCAUGACUUUGGCUACCUAAUUAAUGAGGCUAAGAAAUGCGAGGCAGAGGCGCCCUUCCUGGUGAUCUUGAUCAGCACCACACACAAAGAGUUUGACGCCCGCCAGGCCAUCCGGGAGACAUGGGGCGAUGAAAGCACAUUUGCUGACGUGCGUGUGGUCACGCUCUUCCUGCUCGGCCGCAACACAGAUGCCGUCCUCAAUCAGAUGGUGGAGCAGGAGAGCCAGAUCUUCCAUGACAUUGUAGUGGAGGAUUUUAUUGACUCUUACCACAACCUCACCCUAAAGACUCUGAUGGGCAUGCGAUGGGUGGCCACCUUUUGCCCCAAGGCUCAGUACAUCCUCAAGACAGACAGUGACAUCUUUGUCAACAUGGAGAACCUCAUCUACAACCUCCUGAAGCCCACGACCAAGCCCAGAAGGAGGUAUUUCACUGGCUACGUCAUCAACGGUGGGCCAAUCAGAGACAUGCGCAGCAAGUGGUACAUGCCCAGGGAUUUGUAUCCAGAGAGUAAGUACCCGCCGUUCUGCUCUGGCACUGGGUACGUCUUCUCUGCAGACGUGGCUGAACUCAUUUACAAAACCUCCUUACACACCAGGCUGCUGCACCUGGAGGACGUGUACGUGGGGGUUUGCCUUCGCAAACUGGGCAUCCACCCUUUCCAGAACAGCGGCUUCAACCACUGGAAGAUGGCCUACAGCCUUUGCCGCUACCGCAGAGUGGUCACCGUCCACCAAAUCUCCCCUGAGGAGAUGCACCGCAUUUGGAACGACAUGACCAGCAAGAAACACCUCAAAUGUUAGCAGGACUGUCAGCAGUGGUGCCGGUGGAAGAGUUAGGGAGGGAUGAAUGCCCUCUUCUCACCUGACUUUCCAUCAGUGACACUGGCAAAUUCAUCACUGAGCUGAAGGAACAGUGCUGAUAAACUAUCCAGGGCUUUGUCCAGGCGCUGACUGCUUUGCCAGAGGUCUCGUUUGUACAGGGCCGAAACAAUUCUUCUCUGUAUUAUUCCUUGUAUUCCUUCACAAAGGUGUUUAAAAAGUGCUACUAAGCUCACACACUCAUGUAUCGGGCACAAAGGUGGAAACGUGUUGUCCAACAAUGUGACAACGCAAGAUAUUUUUGAAACAAAUGAGGCAAAAGUCAGGCAGUGGUACAAACAUAUUCCCAGCACCAUGCAAUAUUUAAUAAGAAAUAACCAGACAGGAACCAUAGAGGCUCAUGCUAAACUGCUCAUUCAUAUAGGGCAAAAAUUCUGUCCCCAGCGUAUACUCAAACUCCAGAGUAAAUACAUGCCAACACAUUUAUUUUAACCCAGACAUCAUCUCCCUGUCUUGGGUUGAUCACCAGUUCUAAUUAUGAAUGUUCCUCAUAUUAUUUCAGUCGAUGUACUUUAACCAUUAUGAAGUGUUAUUGUUGGAUGUACUACUGUUUGGCACUGCAGCAGCUGUUAUCAUGGUGAGUUUACAUUGUAAUGAUUCAAUGUGCUAAUCUUACAUACAGGCUCAAACACACGUGCCAUGUCGCUCUACUCUAGCAAAGCUGCGGAUUGCGUUUGAAUGACUGGACCGGUUUGCCUCUGUAAAUUCUAACAUAUUGUUUUCAGAAUCAGACAUAUUUUCUUACAAGAGAUCCAGAGAUCUUUGUAUUGUACAUAGAUAAAGAUGUCCUUUCUCCAAAUAGUGGCAUUUGCUGCUAUCCAGACGGCAAUGUGACGAUAUCAGCUGCUUGCAUUCCCAAGUGAAUAUUACUUCUGUUAAUGUGUAAUGUGCAGUUAUUUGUCUCAGGCAGUGUUGUGAGCAGGCUGCAGACUAUUAUAUUUUCUAUUACUUGAACCUGAAGGAGAAACAGGUGUAAGGGCGGCGGGAGUGUAUAUUGAGAACAUAUAUUACA